AUGAGCACUGGGAAGUCGCCGGCGUCGGUCCAGAGCGGCACUAGGAGUCCCGCUUAUAGCUUCGUAGCGCCAUCCCGGAGCGUGAAGCGGCCACGUCCCGUCAAGAGUUGCUUGGGGUGUCGGAAGAGGAAAUUGAGGUGUGAUCGAGUCUCGCCGUGUUCCCAGUGUCAAAAGACACAGCGUGUAUGUCGGUAUGCGGCUGAAGGCGAGGUAGUAAGCUUGAGUGAUGGCUCGGAUGGGGAGGCGGCCGAGAGGAAUACGAAGAGGAGUCGUCCUAUAGCAAAUCAGGAAUCCGGCCAGCGCGAUACAAACUACGAAGCUGUUCUCGAAGACCAUGCCGUAAGGCUUGAACAGCUAGAAGGACGACUGCUCUCGAGAACUUCAUCUCUCACUGAGUCUGGUAGUACUCCGCCACAACGUCCCGCGGCAUCAUCCGUUACGAUUCGUGGUUUGACGGUGAAAGGAGGUCUACGAACGCGUUUUUUUGGUCAAAGCAGCACACGAGUUCUAGUUAACCUGUUUGACGAAGCAAAAGACUUUAUGUUUAGCAGGAAUAAAUCUAGCGACAUCAGGGAAUUAUUCGUAAACAUCCAGAAGAUUCAUAAGGCUCUUCAAGAUGAGCACCGAAAAGUCACCGCUCCUAUUACCGUGUUCGUGGAUUCGGUCACGCCCAUCCAGAAGCGAAUGGCAGACGUCAUACCGAGUAGAAGCGUCUGCGAUACCCUGCUCAGCAUCUACUUAAAAGGGUCCGAGACCAUUUAUCGUGUUCUACACAUCCCCUCUUUUAUGAGACAAUAUAAUGAGUACUGGGAGGGUAAACCUCAACACGAUGCUUUUCUGCCUCAACUGCUCUCAAUCUUGUGUGUUGGCUAUCGAUAUCUUGGAGUAGGAAAAGGGCAGUAUCAUGACCGAGAAGGAAUUCACAUCCCGACGGCUAGCUGCCUUGUAAGAGCUUGGCUCGACGGCCUGAGGGGGAAGCAACUAGUCGAAUUUACAACACUUCAAGCCGAGGUCCUACAGCUCAUGGCCCAGAGGAUGAUCAAUCCGCAAAACCAAGAAUCCUGGACGCAUCUAGGUCUAAUUGUACGAAUGGCAAUGACUAUGGGCUUCCACCGGGAUCCGUCCGAAUUCUCUCAGAACAUACCGCCUUUCUGGGCGGAGCAAAGGAGGAAGUUGUGGUAUACGAUACUUGAGCUUGACGUACAUAUGUCCAUGCACUGUAAUCUCCCUUGUUGCAUACGAGAAAACGAUUUUACUUGCCAGCCACCUAGAAACCUUAACGACGAAGAUAUUCAUCCCGAUAUUGAGCAUCUCCCUCCCCCGAAACCGGUUGACCAAGAUACGGAUUCGCGUGUUCAGGUGUUUGCUGCCAGCACAUUGUCUAUGAGGUUCAGGGUAGUGGAUUUAAUUAACCGCACCGACAGUCUUCAGGACUACCAACAGAUUCUGGACCUUGGCAACGAACUCGAACGAGUUUUCGAAGAUAUAAGAUACAUGGUCCCAACAGCAUACUCGAACGACAUGGCAGAAGUCCGACGGCGAUGGAUGACGAGGGUCGUUUUAGACAUGCACUGCCGUCGACCUCUACUAGCAUUAUACCGGCCCUGGGCAUUGGGAAGCACGGAUGUCCCUCAACAGAUCGUGACAGGAUAUCUAAGGUCGUCGAUGAUACUACUCUCCUAUCUAGAUGAGUUGGAUCCGGCUUCCCCCGAUUAUCAUCGCAUCUGGCACCUUCACCAACUGGUUCUCAAGCAAGAGAUUCUUCAGGCCGCCUUUAGCAUAUGCUAUUACAUCAAACAGGCCACUAGCAACUCUGCUUCGCAGACACCGUCAGACUUGGAUUCGAAUACUAAAGUUGAGUCUAUCGAGGAAGCAUACACGAUCGCGUCCGAGAGCUCAGUCCUCUUAUCUCUCCCGCGGCUCAAGCGCGCCGUGCAAAACGUGCUGGAUACUCAGAUUCAAAGAAUACGAGAAAUCGGGACGGACUUGAGAGACAUAGUCUCGCUUACUGUCGUGUUCAAUACUUGCCAGGGCGGGACUCCGGAACAAAAGCGAGAGGCUAUCAAAAACGGCUUGCAGGCCAUCCUAGAUGCAGGCCUACAAGCAAUUCAUGCAAACCAGGAGAAUAUUGCCUCGAUGCCGGUAAGAACAUCUUUAAACCCCUAUUUCCAACCCUCUAUUGACGUUUUCCGAAUAGAUUGCGCCACCGACGGUGCCAAUGCAAUUGAAUGGAAUGCAGACGGACUCCAGCUUUUUGGGUCAAAUACAGCCUUUUAUGACGGUGCCGGAUGCUCUUAG